AUGAAAAUAACAGCUGAGAACCCGGUCAGAAGCAGAAAAGAUAAAAAGCUCAUCCACAGCCUUAGAAGGAAAGUGUGUGAUUAUGGGGCUGAUUUGGAAAAGACUGAGGGUGAACUAGCAAAGGCCCGAGAAAAGUUGUCCAGGAAUGCGGAAGAACGGGCAAGUUUCGUUCAACAACUGAAGGAAAAGUACAACAAAGGAAUCACGGGUCUGAAGGAAAAGCUCAAUACCCUUGAGAACGAAAUGGCCAAGCAAACAAAGAACUUUAAAGCAGAAAGAGAGCAUUGCUAUGCACUAAUGUCACAACUAGAAGAAAACCUACAACAAUUGCAAGAGCAAAAUCAUACGUCCACACAAGUUUUGGAGGCCCGAUCUAAACAAAUUGGACGCCUGCUCCAAGAGAAGGGCGUCAUCAGGGAGAGGAUUAGAAGAAUUGCUGACUAUAUUGUGAUGAAGUGCAAUGAAUGUGAGGAUAUGACCAGGUCUAUGUUCUUCACUGCAGUGAUAAUUUUUGUCUGUUAG